AUUGCUCCGGCAGCAAAAAAGCUGUGGGGUCUCGAAUCGAAGGACGCUUCCAGCAAAUUGGUCCUGAAUCAUUUGAACCACGAAGGCGUUUGGAGAGAUCCUACAUGGGCGGCACCUGAGCACGCAGUAUCGGCUUCCCUUACGAUGGGCCGCCGCCCUGGAGGCGGUGGCUUCGCCGGAGGCGACACGAGCAGCAUCUUAUCACCUCGCGGAUCCGACAAUGGCGGCCUCGGCGUCAAAAUGGUCGAAUACGUUCUGGGUACGUCGCCCACCAGCAAGGAAAUGGUCGGCGGGGGUCUGGAACCCAGGAUGCGUGCUCUUCACCUCCAAGACGAUAAAGACAAAGACAAACCCCAGAGUCCGAAGGAUGAUUGCAAUGGUCAGCAGGUGGUCGUGCAGAACGGGCAGGUCGUUCAGGACGAGGAUAAAGGAUUCAAUUUCCUUUGCAGUCGGACGCCAGGCAGCCGUCAACCCUCCCCCGCCGAGGAGGAGCUCAACAAGAACGGCGGUAUAACCUUGGACCAAGCCACCGCGCUCGCCGUCCUCAAACAGCACCAACAGCAGCAGCAACCGCAAGAGCAGCAGCUACAACCGCACCACCUGCACCAUCUUCCCGGCCAUCACUUGGCCCCGCAUCUAGGCGUCACGCUGGCCGAAUCGGUGAACCAGCAAUUCGAACACUUCGCCGCCGAGCAACAGCAGCAGCAACAGCAGCAACAACAACAGCAGGCGGGCAACAAUCCUUACGAGCAGCAGCACCAGUACGCGCAGCCUCCUCCACAGCCGCACCAGGUGGACAGCGCAGUUUUGCAGCAGCAGCAGCACAACUUCGAUGUACAGCAACUUUUCCGAUCUCAACAGUCGCAGGCGACCACUCCAGGAGCAGCUCAGCUCCAACUGCUGCAGCAGCAACAGCAGCAGUAUCUGGCGCAGCAGCAGCAAGCCGCCGCUGCUUUUCCACAGCCUCCGUACUUGGUCAACCCGCAGCAGGAACCUUAUUUGAUCACAGCAGGAGUUCCGCAGUACUACGGAGUGGGGCCUUGGGUGUACCCUGCCCCUCCGGCAAAUCUCAUCCAGCAGGGGGCUAGUAACGGAGCCAGGAGGCCUCUCACCCCCAACGGGACAGCAGAGGCGCAGCAACAAGUGCAGCCGCAAGUGCCCGGCGGGUACAUCGUCCCCUACUAUGACCAGAACACGCCGAUCCUCAUGGCCCAAGGCGCGGCCAUGCGUAAUGGUACGCCGAUGCGGCUCGUUAGCCCCGCGCCUGUUCUCGUGCAGCCUCAGGCCAAUAGGCAGACACAGGCGGCUGCGGCAGCAGCCUCUCUCUAUUCCAGUACGCCGCAGAGCCUGUACGGCGCCAACGUCAACACGUCGGUGAAUGGAACCACGCUAGGAGGUGUGGCCCAAGGUGUGGGUUCGGGACUGUUUCAAACAUUACACGCUGCACCGCCAUCUGCCGCAUUCGGUAGCUCUUCAUUGGGAAAUAUCGGUUCAUCAGCCACCACCACUUCUUUGCAUACAGAUAAUUUUGCAGGCUUGGGCUUGAAUACGACCACUACAGCACGCAGAGACUCGUUCGAUCGCAACACUUCGGCCUUCUCGCCCUCUCUUGAGUACAGACAGAAAUGGCCGACAUCGUACAACAUCGGCAGCAGCCCGAGUCCACUCACCGGCAGCCUGACACCUCCGCCUACGAUUCCGCUGCAGCUCGGCGGUCUCGUCAGCUCUCGAGUGUUGUCGGCAGCUCCCGGAGCCGAAGCGAAGUACCGAAACUCGGUGGCGGCCGGUCUGAGUACGCCCACGGCGAUUUUCGGCUCGACAAAUUCGCUGUUCACGAAGAUUAACUCAACUUUGACGACGGUACCCACCGCGUUGGAUAAAGGACCUCAAGGACGAUCGAGGUUGUUGGAAGAUUUCAGAAAUAACAGAUAUCCCAACUUGCAGUUAAGGUGUUGUUACAGGGACCUCGCGAAUCACAUUGUGGAAUUUUCUCAAGACCAGCACGGAUCCAGAUUCAUCCAGCAGAAAUUAGAAAGAGCGACUGCCACUGAGAAGCAGAUGGUCUUUAACGAGAUCCUUUCCGCAGCCUACAACCUCAUGACAGACGUGUUUGGAAACUACGUCAUCCAGAAAUUCUUUGAGUUUGGCACACCAGAACAGAAGACCACUUUGGCGCAGAAGGUUAGAGGCCACGUGUUACCGUUGGCACUGCAGAUGUACGGGUGCAGAGUUAUACAGAAAGCAUUGGAGUCCAUACCUCCAGAGCAACAGCAGGAGAUCGUGAGAGAAUUGGACGGACACGUCCUGAAAUGCGUAAAGGACCAAAACGGCAAUCACGUCGUACAGAAGUGUAUUGAAUGCGUCGAUCCGAAUGCUCUACAGUUCAUCAUUCAGUCCUUCUCUGGGCAAGUUUACACGUUGUCUACCCACCCGUAUGGGUGCCGCGUCAUUCAGCGCAUUUUGGAACAUUGCACGCCUGACCAGACGACUCCCAUUCUGGCUGAAUUGCACCAGCACACCGAUCAGCUUAUUCAGGAUCAGUUCGGAAACUACGUCAUCCAACACGUUCUUGAACACGGAAAACCGGAGGAUAAGUCGCAGCUCAUCAACAGCGUUCGCGGAAAAGUUCUGGUAUUAAGCCAGCACAAGUUUGCCAGCAACGUGGUGGAGAAAUGCGUCACCCACGCUACAAGAGCAGAAAGGGCGUUGCUCAUCGAAGAAGUUUGCGGAUUCAAUGAUAACGCUCUCCACGUGAUGAUGAAGGAUCAGUACGCCAACUACGUCGUCCAGAAGAUGAUCGACGUGAGCGAACCGACUCAGCGUAAGGUGUUGAUGCACAAGAUCAGACCGCACCUGAACUCGCUGAGAAAGUACACAUACGGAAAGCACAUUAUCGCUAAACUGGAGAAAUACUUCAUGAAAGCUCCAGGAUCUUUGGGCUCUAUCGGAGGGGAGCUCGGUCCCAUCGGUCCCCCCACUAAUGGCGUGCUUUAAUUUCCGAUGUUUCCUUUGAAUCAUGCCUAAGUUAAUUUUAUAAUUUCGACCGACCGUGGGUACGGUUCCAGUAUUUUCAUUUUUAUUUACCUUUUCCUUUUUAUGGUUCA